GCCCAAUUGAUUGAAGCGCCCUCUCGUGACCAUUUGUGUUAAGCAACCACACUUGUGAAAAGGAGAAAACUUGAAAAGGAGAAAUUUUGAAGUAUUCCAAAAAAGAGAAGAAGAAAUUUUCAACCACCAGCAUCAAGAAUUCGCCUUCUGCAAUGCCCGGUGGGGAGGAAUCAGUGCGUUCGGUCAAACUGAGCCUGUCAAAGAGUGAAAUCUUCGGCCUGGUCUUUCGUCUGGCCGUGCUCGGCGUCUCGACUUACUAUGGAGUCAGGUGGAUUGUCAAGGCCAUGGAUCCGACACGGAAACAAAAACAGGAAGCUCAAGAACAGGCCCAGAAGUUGAUGAAGAGCAUCGGAGUCAAAGGCGUCAAGCUCAGCGACUACGAGAUGAGCAUAGCGGCCCAGCUGGUCGACCCCCUGACCCUGUCCAUCACCUGGGCCGAUAUCGGGGGCCUGGAGACCAUCUGUCGGGAGAUCAAAGAGACCAUCCUACUACCCAUGAAGAAGAAACAUCUCUUCAAGGACUCGGUCCUCCUGCAACCUCCAAAAGGUGUGUUGCUGUAUGGCCCGCCUGGCUGCGGUAAGACCAUGUUAGCCAAAGUCAUAGCCAAGGAUGCCGGCUGUCGCUUCGUCAACCUCCAGGCCUCAAAUCUCACCGACAAGUGGUACGGUGAAUCCCAGAAACUGGCAUCGGCCGUCUUCUCACUGGCAGUCAAGUUGCAACCAGCCAUCAUCUUCAUCGACGAGAUCGAUUCCUUCUUGAGGUCACGGGCCAGCCACGAUCACGAGGCAACGGCCAUGAUGAAGGCACAGUUCAUGACAAUGUGGGACGGGCUGAUCACUGACAACAACUGUGACGUGAUCCUAAUGGGCGCCACAAACAGACCCCGAGAUGUCGACCCGGCAAUUCUAAGAAGAAUGCCUACAACAUUUCACAUUGGCCUGCCUGGACAGAGGGAACGAGAGAGCAUAUUGAAAAUAAUUCUACGCACCGAAAAGCUUGCAGACACCGUCAAUCUAUUGGAGAUUGCCGAUCAGACAGACGGAUUCUCCGGUAGCGACCUGCGGGAGAUGUGCCGCAAUGCUUGCAUCUACACAAUGAGGGACUACAUGAAGAACCAAUCAGGACUUAACAGCGAUGAAGGUGAAGCUCAAUCAGCAGAGGAGUCGCUGCGUCCUGUCUCCAUGGAAGACCUCAGCACCUCGCUGCUCAAGACCAUCGAGACCAAACAGCUGCAGCCUGGAGGUGCCAGCAAAGCUGCACUCCCUCUGGACUAGAGUAGGCGGUACCAUACCCAGUGGAUAGUGGGCAUUUCAGUCUACAGGAAUGGAGAUCUUGCCAACUGACAAAUAUGUCUGUUCAGUCGCUGACAGUACUUGCGCUCAUAUAACUGACAAAUGUUGUACUGGUCUUGAGUCUUGUCAUGAAAAUGUAAAGGAAUUCUGUUCUUGGGAAGAUGUAAAAUGUACAAAAGUGUUACAACAUGAGCAAUAUUUGUGAUAUAUGUAUAUGCAACUCCUGUCCAUCUGUGAGUUGAGAAGAUGUGGAUACUGUUUUUAAUGCUGCGAAGCAUAAAUGUAUACUUUGGAGAAUGUAUCCAAACAGUUUGUGGCAUAGGUAGCUACAGUAUUUUGCAAAACCAAAAGCAAAAUUCUUCAGAAAGCAAAUUAGGUAACAGCAGUAAUUUUCGGAAAGUCAGUAGUAGUUCAAAACCCCUGCACAUGCAGAAAAUUCCCAAGUAUGGUUGAUAUUAUUCUUGUUUAAUGUCAUUUUAUAUGCUGUUAUUGAGCAGCCAAAAAUGUUCAACCAUAUGCGUGUAAAUAACAGUUCAUGUUUCUUUAUUUUUUGUUUUUUAAUGUACAGGGUGUCUCUCAAAAAAAAACACUCAAAGUGCCUUUUUUUUACAGCUUUAUGAAGCAUAAGUCAAAUUUGUUUUGAUUUGUCCGUAAACCUAAAUUUGUUAGCUUGAAUGUACUGAAAACAUAACUUCAAUCGGUUCAAGACUUGUUGGGUUGUGGCUAAUUAAACAAAGACAUUCCUUUUUCAUUUUGUCCACGGCAUCCGAUGUUUGACUGCUGCAAUGAGAACAAGGCCCAAACUUGCAUCCAUGAAACAACCAAGUAGAGGGCAGAACAGAACAGUAAACAUCUAAGAAAUAAAACAAAAUAGUCUUUUUCGGGACUACCAUUUCUUCCAAAAAGAGGAAAUGACCAUUGUUACCAAAAAAUUAACAUAAAAAAGAACCAAAUAAAGAAAAAAAAGAUUAGAAAAAUUAAAGAGAGUAAAACUACCCUCACCCAAAUUCAUUACAUUCCUAAUAAAUGACAAUUAAGACGGUGGACAAAAUUAAGAAGCGACAUUUUUUGAAUAAGCCGUAACUCAAUAAAUGCUGUUCCGAUUGGAAAGAUGUUUUUGGUUGCUGAAAAGCUGACGAACUAUACUUUUCAAAUAACGGUAUCAAUAUUUCUGAUAUAUAUUUUAAAAGCUGUGACAAAGACGGUGCUUUUAGGGUGGUUUUUUUUGGGGGGGGGGGGGGAGACACACCCUGUACAAAACAGUGAUGUGUGCAAUGGUCAUCGUACGUGCUACCAACUUACAUAUAGGAGACAAUUUGUUUGAGACAUUGUUUCCAGAUUUUUUUAAGACUAACGUAAUGCGUGUAAAUUGCAAGGGUGUAAAAUUAUAUUUGCCACCUUCGUACUUGACAGACGAUAGUAAUAAAUGAAAGCAUUCUUUGCCAGCAAAUUUA